GUCGAUGGAUGGAUGGAUGGAGGGAUGGAUGGAGAGAUGGAUGGAUGGAUGGGUCAAGCAAAGAUGAGGGAGCCCCAUCUCAAACCAGGGCCGAGGAUGACUAAAAGGGCAUGGAUGCCAGAAAUCACUGGGCUUGAACUUGGCCGGCUCUGGGAGCCCGUUGGUUGGAGAAGUCAGAGAUGCAUGGGGCUUGUGAGGACCCUGGCUGUGCUGAGACGGAGGGAGGGAGUGAAGGCAAGUCCGGGAACAGGCAUCUAAGGGAAGCCGAGAGACAGGCAGGGAGAGGCUGGUGUGGGGAUGCCCUGACAGCUCGGAGAAGAUCUGCAUCUGGGGGAAAGCACCAGCGGGUUUAAAUGCCCCAGAACUGGUUUCCAUUAAACCAUCCCAUAAUUGAGAACAGAAAGGGGAUUACAAAAGCCUCAGGUGGCGGUUCACAAGUCACCAGGAGUUUUCCUUUCAAGUGUCAGCAGAGGCUGAUGGAGACUCGGGCUCUGGAGCCAGGGACUCGGGACUCCUAUGGUGUCACCAGCCACCUCCCCAAAAAGGGGGCCCUGGCGAAGGCCCAGAACAACUUCAAAGACCUGAUGUCCAAGCUGACGGAGGGCCAGUACGUGCUGUGCCGCUGGACAGAUGGCCUGUAUUACCUCGGGAAGAUCAAGAGGGUCAGCAGUUCCAAGCAAAGCUGCCUGGUGACUUUUGAAGAUAAUUCCAAAUACUGGGUCCUGUGGAAGGACAUACAGCAUGCCGGCGUCCCAGGGGAGGAGCCCAAGUGCAGCAUCUGCCUGGGGAAGACCUCGGGACCACUGAAUGAGAUCCUCAUCUGUGGGAAGUGUGGCCUGGGCUACCACCAGCAGUGCCACAUCCCCAUUGCAGGCAGCACGGACCGGCCCCUGCUCACGCCCUGGUUCUGCCGGCGCUGCAUCUUCGCGCUGGCUGUGCGGAAAGGCGGCGCGCUGAAAAAGGGCGCCAUUGCCAGGACGCUGCAGGCCGUGAAGAUGGUGCUGUCCUACCAGCCGGAGGAGCUCGAAUGGGACUCGCCCCACCGCACCAACCAGCAGCAGUGCUACUGCUACUGCGGCGGCCCGGGAGAGUGGUACCUGCGGAUGCUGCAAUGCUACCGGUGCAGGCAGUGGUUCCAUGAGGCCUGCACCCAGUGCCUCAAUGAGCCCAUGAUGUUUGGAGACCGGUUCUACCUGUUCUUCUGCUCCGUGUGUAACCAGGGCCCAGAAUACAUCGAGCGGCUGCCCCUGCGAUGGGUGGACGUGGUUCACUUAGCCCUCUACAAUCUGGGGGUGCAAAGCAAGAAGAAGUACUUUGACUUCGAGGAGAUUCUGGCCUUUGUCAACCACCACUGGGAGCUCCUACAGCUUGGCAAGCUGACCAGCACCCCCGUGACGGAUCGAGGACCGCACCUCCUCAACGCUCUCAACAGUUACAAGAGCCGGUUCCUGUGCGGCAAGGAGAUCAAGAAGAAGAAGUGCAUCUUCCGCUUGCGCAUCCGCGUCCCCCCCAACCCGCCCGGGAAGCUGCUCCCCGACAAGGGACUGGUGCCCACCGAGCCCGGCGGGGCCGCCUCUGAGCUGCGUAAGAGAGGAAAGAGCAAGCCUGGUUUGUUGCCUCACGAAUUCCAGCAGCAGAAAAGGCGAGUUUAUAGAAGAAAAAGAUCAAAGUUUUUGCUGGAAGAUGCUAUUCCCAGUAGUGACUUUACCUCGGCCUGGAGCACCAACCACCACCUGGCCAGCAUCUUUGACUUCACGCUGGAUGAAAUUCAGAGUUUAAAAAGUGCCAGCUCAGGCCAGACCUUCUUCUCGGAUGUGGACUCCACCGAUGCAGCCAGCACCUCUGGCUCCGCCUCCACCAGCCUCUCCUAUGACUCCAGACGGACAGUGGGCAGCCGCAAGAGGAAGCUGGCAGCCAAAGCCUACAUGCCACUGCGGGCGAAGCGGCGGGCGGCCGAGCUGGCUGGACGCUGCCCCUCGGACAGCAGUGCGGAGGGGGCUUCGGGCCCCGAGCGUCCAGACGAAGGCAUCGACAGCCACACGUUUGAGAGCAUCAGCGAGGAUGACUCAUCCUUGUCACACCUCAAGUCCUCCAUCACCAACUACUUCGGUGCAGCCGGGCGGCUGGCCUGUGGGGAGAAGUACCAGGUGCUGGCUCGGAGGGUCACGCCUGAGGGCAAGGUGCAGUACCUGGUGGAAUGGGAGGGGACCACCCCCUACUGACUGGCCCUCAGGGGGUGCCAGGAGCCCUGAAAACCAAAGGAGGGACCGCAGAAGCCAUAGGCUCCCCAGUUUUCUGUAGGCUGGGGUUGGAGAGGGAAGCAGGACAGAGCUGCAAGUGCCUGGCUAAGGCUAAGGACCCUGCCUGUCUGCCAGGCCAGGGCAGGGCCAGCGCCUCUCUGCUGUGCCAGUCCCGCCCGUUGGUCGCCUGGGGCUCAUCGCUCUUUGCCUUGUCUCCAAGGCCCCGCUGGCUGUCAGUGUGUCUACUCCCUCCCUUCUCUCCAUCUCAGUAUCUGAUCCUCUGGUGUUCCCCUGGCUCUGUGGCCUUUCUCUUGAGGCCCCAAUUCUAAGUCCCUUCCCCUCUCCUUUGGGUGUGUUUGUGUGCACAUCUGUCCCUCCACUGGAUACCUUCGUGCCUGACCGUGGCAGCCAGUCCUCCCAGGGACUACAUCAUGACAGCAGGGGCCCUGGAGGAAGAGUGGGUGCAAGAAGGCCUCUAGGAAAGCAUGGGUGGCAGAGGCCCUGGCUUGAGGAGUCAGCAGCAGGGUCUCUGCCUCCCAAGGCACCAGCAUGAAGCCAGCUCUGGAGGUCACAGAAGUUGCGCUUCCCCAGGCACUCCCUUCCCCUGCUUUGUUGCCAUGAGUAGGGCCUGGCCUUUCUGGGGAACCAGAGGGAAGGAGAGGCAGGCACAGAAGCCAUGUCCUGCUAAACCUCAGAGUGGUCACACUGUUCCCUGUGCCUCUCACCCCUGGACUUACCACGUACAGCCAAGCAGCACCCGUCACCUCCAUCUGAACACGUACACAACAGCCAGCCAUUCCUUCCAGGACGAGCCUGGCUCCUGCCCUUGGCUGUCCUGUGGCCCUUUCCAGGGCCGUGUGUUGCAGCUGAAUGUGAAAGCCCAGCUCCUGCCCCCUCCUCCAGCCCUUGUGGCCCCCAUAGGGAGGCACAGAGGAACUCAUGGCCUCUGCCAGCAGUAACAGUGACAAUCACUCUUUGGAUAGGUUGGAACUUCUAAGGGGCCUGCAUGGUUCAGUCUGCUAGAGGGAACUUUCUGUCAGCAGGGAGCAUCCACAGAAUUCUUAGAACUGACAUUCAAACUUGGGCCCAUCUGGAGGGAAACCAAAACCGGGAGGGGAGGAACCCCUCAUUUUUGCUGCUUCCAGAGAUAAUAGAAACUGACCGGCUUGAUUGGAAAAUGGAAAAAGUGCCUUGACUGGGGGCAGGGCACCAGAUGGGGACCAGCCUGACCAGCUGCUGCUGUAGCCUCUAGCUUGGCUGGGUUUGCCAGCCACCAGCUGGAAGGCCAACGUGGGUGGAAAGAGGCAGCAGCUAGGAGAAGAUGGUUUUUCCCUGCUUAGGCCUGACCUUUCCCUGCUGUGAGUGUUUAGGGGUCCCUGAGGUAGGUUAGAUGCCCCCGCCUUAUACCUCAGUUCCUAUAGUGCCUUAAGAGACCUCACCUUCUGCACACAGCCCACCUCUGGAAAAGCUGGUGUUGGGCCCGACUCUCCCCAUGCUCAGCUCCACAGCUGCUGCCUCUGAGGCCCCCUGCCUGGAGCCUGUGGGAGUGAGGCCAGCCCAGGCUCAGCAGGGGGGUGGGACCCAGAUCCAAUCUGCGGCUUCCUGCUGUCUCCAGACAGCACAGCGGGCCUGCCUUCCAGGUUUCUGCACAAGCCUGGGUGAGCUGGGCCUGUGCCAGGACAUCUGCACCUCCCCCUACUCGAGCUCCCGAGGCUCUGAGCUAGAAGGGGGAAGGAGGGAAGCAGGUGUCUUUCCCACUUGGGAAGACAGCCCGAGGCCUACCAAGGUCACCCUGACUCCCACCCCAGCAUUUCAUUCAUACCAGAUAAUAGCUGCAUUACUGCCAACUGACCUUAUAACCCUGUGCACCUUCUAAGAUUCAUGGUUUUGAAUUGCUGCUUUUAAUAACAUUUGUUAUAUUAAAGUUAUAAUUAAUGUG